ACUAAAUGGGUUUCCAUUUUCGGCUUGGGUUUCAUUUUUGUGCCGAAGCCACUGCCGAGCUUGUUCUUCUCCUUGUUGGAUUGUUGCAGUCGCCGUCGUGGGACAGUCUACAUCUUUGAGUCGCGGUCGUCGUCGUGGGUGAGAGAGCUACUGGGUGGAGUCGUUGUUGCAGGGGAGAGAGCAAUAAGGGAAGUUGUGAAUUUGUCAAUUUGACCGGAUGGAACUUUACAGAUGCAACUUGGGUUGGAUGGGGCACAGCCGGAGAGCAUAUAUCGUGAUUCAAUAAUGCUACGUACCCCGGAACCUCCCAUCGCCGAACCGGAAGCUCCCAUCGCCAAUUCUGGUGCCUUUUAUACAACAAUUUAAUUGAUGCGGUUUUAUAAUUUGUUGCAAAAUUGUGGUUACUCUUUUCAAGGAAUCAUGGAACCUCCAACUCCUAUCAGCAAUACAAGCUCUGCCACGAGCAAGAUAGUUACUUCAGAACUCGAUAUAAGAGCUGAUUGUGGGGAAUCUGAAGCUGGUUGUGGAUCUCCUAUAGUUGAACAGCAUACUAAGAAACAACCAAAUCAUACGGAAUCUAAUAGUGGCAGUCCCUUGAAAUCUCAAAAUGGAAAAGUGGUUGAUGAUGAUACGAUUGAGGAACCAAAGUCGGGAAUGGAGUUUAAUUCCCUUGAAGAGCUAUUAUGUUAUUAUAAGGAAUAUGGUAAAAAGUGCGGGUUUGGGGUGAUGACAAAACGGACUGAUAGGGAAGAAGAUGACUCUGUUAGAUACGUCACUCUUUGUUGUGCUCGAGGUGGGAAGGCCCGGAAUAGGACGUUGAAUGUUGCCAAGCCACGUCCGACAGGAAAGACAGAAUGUAAGGCAAGGAUUAAUGCCUUAAAGCAAGAUGGAGUGCUGAGGUUGACGACAGUACAUAAUAUCCAUAACCAUGGCCUCAGUCCAAAGAAAUCCCGCUUCUUUCGAUGUAAUAGAGAAGUUAGCAAUGCCGUAAAAAGGGUCCUAGAUACCAAUGAUUUGGCUGGCAUCCGAGCAUGUAAGAGUUACAGAUCUCUUGUUGUUGGAGCGGGGGGAUUCGAGAAUCUCCCAUUUCUCGAAAAGGAUUGUCGCAAUUAUAUUAACAAGGCAAGACAUCUACGACUUGGCGCAGGUGGUGCUGGAGCGCUUCGACAGUAUUUCCUACGAAUGCAAUACAAAAAUCCUGGAUUUUUUUAUAUGAUGGACAUAGAUGAUGACGGGAGGUUAAAGAACGUUUUUUGGGCAGACCCCCGUAGUAGAGCAGCUUACCAAUAUUUCGGGGAUGUGGUGACAUUCGACACCACAUACCUAACUAAUCGAUAUGGGAUGCCCUUUGCACCAUUUGUUGGUGUAAACCACCAUGGGCAGUCAAUUCUGUUGGGAGCCGGCUUGAUUUCUAAUGAGGAUACCGAGACUUUUGUGUGGUUAUUCGAGACAUGGUUGCAAUGCAUGGAUGGUAUCGCUCCGAAAGCUAUUAUCACUGAUCAAGAUAGAGCGAUGAAAAAUGCAAUCGCUCUUGUCUUUCCAAAUACCCGUCACAGAUUUUGUCUUUGGCAUAUACUGAAGAAAGUUCCCGAGAAACUUGGCUCAUAUGGUUCCUACAAAACUGGGAUGAAAAGUGCCUUGAUGAAAUGUGUAUAUGACACCCAAAGUGUUGAUGAGUUUGAGAAGUGUUGGGAUGAGUUGAUUACCACUUACAACUUGCAUGAGAAUGGGUGGUUGCAGAGCCUAUACGUUGAGCGUGAACAUUGGGUACCGGCAUUUUUGAAGGAGUGUUUUUGGGCAGGAAUGAGUACAACGCAGCGAAGCGAGAGCAUGAAUGCAUUCUUUGACGGUUAUGUACAUUCUAGAACAAAUUUAAAGGAGUUUGUAGACCAAUUUGAUAACGCGUUGAAAAAAAAGAUUGAGAAUGAAAAUCUCGCAGACUUCCAGUCAUUUAAUGUCACAAUCCCCUGCAUAUCUAAAUCUCCGAUUGAAAAGAGGUUACAAGAGUUGUACACGAUUGCUAAGUUCAAGGAAGUUCAGCAGCAAUUCACAUGUAUCAUUGACUUGAAUCCGAAGUUACAUAAAAGUGAUGGUGCAAUAAAGACAUAUAUGGUUGAGGAUGAAGUAGCUUUGGAGGAGUUCACUAAGUUGGUUUGGCAUUUUGUGGACUUUAGUGAGGAUGAUGCAGUUGCAAAGUGCUCUUGUGGUUUAUUUGAGAUGAGGGGGAUAUUGUGUCGGCACAUUUUGGCUGUAUUCAGAUGUAACGAUAUUAGAUAUUUUCCGGAAAUAUACAUUUUAGAUCGAUGGAGGAAGGAUAUUAAACGGCGAUACACAUUCAUGCACAGUAGCUAUGGUGAAGGUUUUCAACGUCCAGAUGCUAAUAGAUAUUCGAGUCUUUUAAGUAUUUGUUAUCAGAUGAUUACUCAUGCAGCUGGUUCGAGAAAGCAUACUGAGGAUGCGAGAAGUAAGUUAUAUGCCAUGAUUGAGCUGUAUCGUGCUAACGAAGAACCCCCAUCUUUCACUCAAAUUGGUUCUAAUGCUAAUGAUACGGCAAAUGACACUACGGUUGGGUGUUCUGGGGAAGUACACAGUCCACGUGUUGUGCGAGACAAAGGCAGACCUCCAUUUCUAAGAAGAGCAUCCAGGAUGGAGAUAGACAUGCGGAAAGCAAAAGCAAAGACAAAGAAACAACCGGCAAAGGGGAAGCGUAAAGAGCGGGAUGGAGGAGAUACCCAGUCCGUGGAUAAAGGAGAUACACCUGUUGCGGAAGUAUGCAGGAGUUUAUUUGGCCCUUCUGAGAUCGAUCUCUCCAAUGUUGGACACAUGCAGGCUAUUCCAGGUGUGGGUAUAGACAUUACUACAACACAGGCCCGAGAAAUAGUGAUGCAGAGUCAAGAAAGCAUGCAAGUUGAAUUGGAUGGAUCACAAGCUCUGCACUUUGGGUUGGACGGCUCACAACCGUUGCAAUGAGAAUAUUGUAGAUUUGUAUUGUAGAGUUGCAGACCAUAUAUGACUUGAGGCACUUUGUUGUGCACGACCAUUUGUGGAUUUUGACAUUGUUGGGUAUUAAGGAGUUUGAAUGGGGACAUCUUUUGUGUCUUGGUUUUUUGUUUGUGAAGGAGAAACAACUACGUUUGUAUUGUUGAAAAACACUGCCGUGUUCAUUUGUUAGUAGAUGCAAAAUGGGAGUUCUUUUGUUCAUUUUAUGGUGUUUGUUAUUAUUUUCCAGGUUUAGAGUUCUAUAUUUCUUGGAGGAAGGUAAUUUUUAGUAUUCAAGGUUCUUUGUCUAGUGUGUUAGAUACCUCAAAAAAGUGGUUAAAUAU